GCAGCCUCAUUAUAUAAAACCUACGGCACUCAUAGCUUUUUCUUUCUUUUGCCCCAGUGCUCAUUGACUCGCCCUCCUCCUCUCCGUAGAGUUAUCUGAGGCCAUCCAGGUCUUCAGAAACUCUCGGGAACGUACUGAGCACUGGGUGCGUUCGCAUUCACCUUACCACUCCCAGUUCUAUUCCCCCGAGAGUCCCCCAUCCGUCGCAAGUGACAUAGAUCUCGAAGACCGUGGCUCAGAGACUGGCAGCUCGCACUCUCUACCUCCGAAGAUGAUGUUGAAGUAUGGGGACGGACGAGACGUUCCUAUUUCGCACUGGCACUAUGAAAAUGGUGGCUCUCACAAAGGGAGCAGCCAUAGUUCCAGUUCUCGUCCCCAUCUUCAACAUAGCCAUCACCACCACCCCCAUGACCGCUCGAGGUCUGCGGCUGAUGCAUACCCUACGCGAGCUCCUCGCCACCCAGAGCACACUGGGUACCAUCACUCCUCAGCACGAAAUGCAUAUCAUGGAGUCCCUGAAGAUUUGGAACCUGAAGAAAUUCAAAUCCUUCCUUCUGACCCGCACGCCACUCCUUAUGACUCAAGAAACGAAAAGUAUCGGCCACGUAGAGCUUCAGAGCCUUACCGACCCGAACCCUUGCAAUCUCCACCGCACAAAAACGCAAUAGAAGUCCUGGCAACACCUUUGCCACGCUAUCUUCCAAGCCAUCACGGUGCUACUGCUCCACCAGUCACCUACUCUCAUUCGCAACCCAUUCCUCGACAAUACGAGCAGCAUCACCCCGCGCACUCGCAUUCGCGAAAUCGGCCUCCACCUUCGAUCGUAUAUGCACCCGGCUCUCACCACGCUACCGAUCAUUAUGCUCCACCAACAAUUGUAUAUGCCCCAACUAAGGCACCUGGCAUGACGUACACAGUGUCUGCGCCCACGGGUUCAGGGUUUCCGCAGUACCCCCGUAUCACUCCUGCCCCAUACCCCACCGUCCACAGUCAUCUCGCCUCUAUCCAUGAAGAGGCACGGUACGGGAUGAGAGCCCCCCUUUCAAGGGAAGAGCGCACAAGAGCGCCUUCCCCGAUAAGUGAGGCUGGCAGUUGCGACUCGGGCAGCACCUACUACGUCAUACCCACUCCUGGCCAGAAGGUGAAGGUCCUGCCCGGACCCGCACCUUCCCUCUACACGGCCACAUCGACCACUAAAACGCCAUCGUCUCCUAAAUCUGGCAGCACGGGAUUCAAGAAACCGUUUUUCAGCAGGCUUAUGAGCUUUGCGUCUGAUCUAUCAAAAGUAUCCAAAGCUCCGAAAUUCUCCUCAAAGACCAAGUUACAACGACGGCAUUCUCUAGACAUGUCUACGGGCGGUCAUACACGACAGCGGUCGUGACAUUUAUACUAUGGAUAAAUUCUAUGGAUACAUAUGUACUCGUAUGCGUUGCCCUCGCAUUGUACGACACUAACAGCACUGUAGCUUUAAUUUUACACUCAUUCUUCUUUUCCUUUUUUUUUUUUUGCUCUGGGCGUUUAUGAUCGUACCAUAACCUCAUUUCUCAUCAUCCGAUGCUCAUGUACCUCCUACAAUCCUUCUAGCAGGGUCGCAAUAACGAUACGUC